GAAUAUGUUUAUUGUUCCCCUAGUAGAUGGAUAGAAGCUAAGAAACAUCAGUUAAGACGACGGUUAGAUAAGGCGGUAUAUGGAUCUAAUCCUGAUUUCUCAGGAAGAUUUUUGAUUGAAUUGUUAAAUAUAGGAGUAUUCUGGGGUGGUCUUUUACUUAUGUCUCUAGGUUUUUCUGGCUUCGAAUUUUUGAGAAGACAUGGUAGUAAACCAAAAAUUAUUGAUGGAAACACAAUCCAUCAGGAAUGUG